AUGAAAACUAUAUUUUUCGCUUAUCAUUUGUUUUAUCUUACUGUUGUUAAUUCGCAAUCGACAUGUGAUGACAUUUCGUUUGUUGAUCGAGCUGAAUGGGGUGCGCGAAAACCAAUUUUAAAAGCAAAUCUACCCAGUAAAUCCCUGCCAUUCUAUGUCAUUCAUCAUUCUGCUGAUUCUUCAAAUUGUUAUGAUGAUGCUUCAUGUACUAAACGAGUACAACAGAUUCAAUAUCGUCAUCAAUAUGGUCUACAAUGGUUCGAUAUUGGUUAUCAUUUUUUAAUUGGUGAGAAUGGUAAAGUUUAUGAAGGUCGAGGAUGGAAUCAUCAAGCUGCUCACUCACGCGGGUGGAACAAUGAUGCGUACGGUAUUUGUAUUAUUGGUGACUUCAGAAAGGCAUCUCCAAAUGAAAAAGCCUUAAAUGCACUACGUUCAUUGGUUGACUGUGGUGUUAAACAAGGUUAUGUCAAAGAAGAUUAUUAUAUUAUUACACAUCGGCAAACACAACCACCAGGUUAUACGGAAUGUCCUGGCAAUGGUACACUGGAUGUUGUAAGUAAAUGGCCUCGAUAUUGUUCAUUUCAAAAUUCUAGAGUACCUUUAAAAGCAAAUGAGACACAAAUAUAUCUUGCUCUUAAUUUCUGUGAAAAAGAAUUCUCCACUUCUUCAUUGGCUACAGCAUAUUUAGAUGCUCCUUCUUUUUAA